AUGGCGGCUCCAUCCAAGGUGAUGCUCGAGUCUGGCUCCGACAUGGAUCACAGUGUCAUCAAGCCUUCCAAGCCUUUUGACCCUCUGCAAGGCACACUUCAUGAGAAUCACGCUGCCUUCCAGACCAUGCUCACACUCAAGCCUGAUGAUAUACCAAUCUACAAGGUCGACAUGGGCAAGCCUGCUGAAGAGCGCUACAUUGAGCUCGCCAAGGAUCUUGCUCCCAAGAUAAGAGAAGUGAGCCCUCUCUUUGACGAGGUGAUUGAGGCGACCGUACCUCGGGGCAUGUCUGGAUUUGCCAAGUUCACUUCCCGGUUCACCCUCCGUAAGGUCUUUGACCCUGAGCAGACCAAGGAGAUCAAGUCCAUCGCUGAGGUUGCUGGCAUCCCCGUUCACCAGCUCAUGGCCCUCAACACCUUUCUUGACCUGAUGCUUGGAUGUACAUCUGGAGCUGCCUUGGUCAAAAAUGACUCCAAGCGCAAGAUUGGCGGCGGUAAUCCUGACCAUCUGAUGCACUUUCGCACUCUUGAGUGGGGCAUGGAUAUCCUGCGUGAUAUCCUUGUCAUCAUUGAGUAUGUCGACACGAACAAUGGCUCGAAUGAGGUGAUUGCCAGAUCAGUCACCUAUGCUGGCUUUGUCGGCAUGCUGACUGGUGUCCGCCUUCUUAGGCACCAAAUUAAGGUCCUAUUCGGCUUGCGCGAGUCCGUUCCCUCAAUGCUCCGCCGCAUCAUCCUCAAAGAGGAUAUUUCCUUCAAGAAUACCAAGGCCUAUGAUACCAAGGACCCAAACCCCCGUGAGGACAGCAGAAAGCUCGCUCCCAUCACGUCCAUCGGCAAGAAGCUUGCCUCUUCCGACGCGUCGCCCUGCUACCUGACCCUCUGCGAUGGAAGAGAGGUAGUGAACAUCCUCAAGGACCUUUAUGACGGCAAGAUCAAGACGAGCAGUGUCUUCCAGAUUCAGUGCAACCACGACCCUGACCAUCGACGCUGCUGUGGCCGCAUGACUGUACGCCACGGCGCCGACCCUGUCCAGGCAAAGCUCAUGGAAUCUGAGGACUGGAUCGAGGUGUCUGCGGAUCGUCAGAAUGCCUUCCACGACAAGUGGAUUGAACAUGUCCGUGCUAUCACCAAUGGAAAUGACAUCACCUGGGCCAAGCAGAAUAGUUGCUGCACGGGUCUUGAGCUUGAUGCUGAAGCCAGCAAAUCUGGCGAGAUGACUGGCGUUGACGAGGCCAAACUCCGUGAAUGGAUCGCUAGCUAUCCUACCACCAAUGACUCGACUCACUUCAUGUGCAUCAUGGAUCCUCUGACUGGUGAGAUCCGCUGGAUCUCUCGUGAGCAUGGCGCCAAAAAGGCCACUCAAGGCUGUAACGAUCAGGUGGUGAUUGGUGGGGAACACCUGCAGCGUAGCUUCUUCAGCGCUUUCCAAGAGCGACCCAGCACCAUAUCACCCUCAAAGAGAAGGCCAGAGGAAGGAAGUGCUGUCCAACACCACAAUCCAAAUUUCAUGAUUGAAAUCUUGAAACUUCCACACUCCAACGACCACAAACUACCUCGUCGCGAUUUCUUUCCAUCACAGCUCCUAUCAAAGCCGGAUCAAAAGACCGCCGAAAUGCCAGCAUCAGCACCAGCUCUUGCUCUGAACCAGGGUCCAAUGACCAACGAAGUCCUGAGGGGCAUCUUCGCGUCCGACCAAGACAUGUACCCCGCGCCGCUGACCUGGGACCGCCUCCGGAGCUGGACGACUGCAGCGCCCGAGCUGGCCAUUUGCUUCUACCUCUCUGCCGACGCCGUGGAGAACGACGACACCCAGACACUCGUCGGAGCCGUCAUUGCACUCCCGAUACUGGCACCUGCGUGGCGGGAUUUGCUGGCGGGCGAGGUCAAGGAAGUGGAUGUGGAUGCCGGGACUAUGUUUCCUCGCGAUGGUGCUGAGCAUCCAGAGGUCGGGCUGCACGUCUUUCAUGUCGAGAGGUUCGAUGUGCCUGAGGCGCGGGGUAAGGUGCGAGGAUUCGCCGAGACCUCGAUGCAGGCUGUCGUAGCUGCGGCAGAGAGGAAGAGAUGGUCGAUCAUCGGCUAUUCAGCACUUACAGCAACGCCAGAAGGACGAAGAUGCUUUGAGAAAAUGGGCUUCGAAGCGACGGGCUACGAGGAGUUCUGGGUUGACGAUGGCCGCAAAGGUGUCCAACUGGUUACAAUCACAGCGGAUACCGCGCCCGAGAAACGGGAAGUGCGAGAAGCGGCGACAGUCCGAGGCCAGGCGAGGAUGCUAGUGAAGCACUUGCAUCCAGUCACCGAUGCUUAG